UUUUAUGAGAUUUUACUGACUGCCAUUACAUAUAAUUUUAGGCAUGCUAAAGCCACAUUUCAUAUGUGCUUGGGAGCAGGGGCGGACUGACAACUCAUGGGGCCCCCAGGCAAUAGGGGAUCAUGGGGCCCCUGUGUCCUUGCCCAAACUCAAAAAAGCCUAUGAAAAAGGUACCAGUGGCAUCUCAUGGGGCACCCUACUGACCCCGGGCCCUCGGGCAGUGCCCGAGUUUCCAAAUGGUUAGUCCACCCCUGCUUGGGAGU